AGUAGUGACGUUUAUCGAUUGGAAAUGUUGUUUAGAACUCUGUAGGUUUGUAAACUACGCAGAAUUCGUGAAAACUUUACGGUGAUGGUAAUGGAGCUGAAACGUAAUUGGAAUCGAAUGUCAUUAAGAACAUUGUAUGUAAUAUAUGGAACUUCGGAACAGUUUUUCAUCAUGUAAAUGUUAAAACUUUGGGCAUUAGGUUAGAAUGUCAUGGCAGCCGGAAUUUAUAAUCAGAGAUAACAACCCUUUUGUUGACAUUAAGCUUUAGAGGUAGUUGAGGGAGGUUAGGUGUUUCCAUAAAAUGUCCACAACAGUGAUGAUUGGUUCAGAAUAUUUGCCUCUUCAUCACAAGAGCAAGGGUUUUAUACUUAAAGUUCCCUUUGGAAAGUUGGCAUGGAUAACAGUUUCCCUUCCACUGCUUAGUUUCAUCUUCUGUGUUAUAUGGUCCAUUUUAUUUCACUUUGAAAGAGCUACAUAUACGCACUGUGAGGUUCCAAAUUUCUUACCAUCAAUAUCUGCAGCAAUUGGGGGGUUUUCUCCACAGAGACAUGUAUGGAGGAUAGCAAUAGCAAUUCAUGCUGGACCAAGGUUACUUGUUGCCAAAAUGUACUACACGUACUAUCAAGGGGUACUUUACCACUGGAUACAUUUCAUGGCCAUGAUAGCCUGUUGGCUAAAUGUUGUAGAGAAUAUGGCACUCAUUGGUCUCACAUUCAUUUCAUCUGCAGAUAACCAUGUUGUUCAUGAAAAAUUGUUUGUGACUUUCAUGGUCACAUCAGAAUUGUAUAUGAUGCUGACUUGUUACCUGCUUAGAAGUAUGAGACGGAGUCCGCCUGACAAUGUAGAAGCCCGUUCACUACGAAUCAAAUACCAACUUCUGGCUGUGAAUCUGACAUCAUUUGCAAUGGCGAUUUAUUUCUUCAUCAGACACAACUCGUACUGUGAACCUGGUGAGAAGGGCUGUUCCCCCAGUGACCAGGAGCAAACAAGUUUGUGUGAACUGUUGAAAAAUGAAUUCUCAUGGAUACUGGAGAGUAGAACCCAUGGAGUCGGUGUCUGCUGUGCAGUCAGACUGACAGAUACAACCAGAAGCAGAACUCGAGUAGAAUUGAAGCAGAUUUGGCUUGAGCUAGUCCUAGUUCAGGAGCCUACAGACCAAGUGUAUUCCAUAUUUGCGUUAUGCGAGUAUGUAGUCGUAUUAACCAACAUGGCAUUCCACAUGACUGCAUUCUGGGACUUCCAUGGACGGGAGUUACUGGUUGGUCCAAGGGGUGUUCAGUUCAGCUGACAAACUAAACUACUGGACAAAGAAGCCCAAUAACAAGAGAGCCAGUCCAUCACAGUUACCAUUCCGCCUACUACGCAACUUCCCCAGCAGCCUUGCAUAGCCACCCCAGAUAGUUUUGAGUCUUUGGAGGAAGCUAACAUGUGUAGCAAUAUUCCAUCUCCUGCUACACCUCCCGUUGAACAGAUGUCUGAGCUGCAGCCCGAAUUCACAUUCCGGCAUUGCUGUACUGAGGAAGAUGCAACAGGAUUUGUUGAAAAUGCACUUCCUUCUACUACAAGACAAAUUCCAUGCAGCAUCUGUCGCCUGUUCUUCCCAGCAACUCUCAGUCCAAGGCAUUCAAGGCAGUUACAGACUGAGUUCCAAGAAGAGCCACAGUUAGGUUAUGAGGGUCACCUUCCAUCACAAGACUUGUUGCCUUCCUACCAACACUACAUUUAUAUGAGGAUUGAUCAUAGAGUUAUGGGAACACGGGUGUAAGCCUGGAGGAAUUGAAUUCAUAGAAACAAAAAUCUCUUAUCAGUUAUGUGGAAAUCUGUGAUGUGACUGGUUUGACACUUAAAAUAGACCAUUUACUGACUGAAACAUAUGUAAAGGACUGGGUAUCAGAAGACUGCAGCUCUUUGAGAGAGUAGGAGUGUUAUAAAGGGCCAAGUUUCACUUCUACAGAUUGUACCUUAAGUUUAGCCAUAAGUGAAUAUAUGGCUACUGCCUUCAGGAUGUGAUAUUGUGUUGCCCAGCAGAAGUUCACCAUUGUUUCAGUGGCAAACAGAGCUUAGCUUGUCACCUGCUUCUUGCUGGUUACUUGCUUGGCUUACUCCUCUACUUUGAAGAUUGAGGCAGUGCAUUUGUCUGAAAUGUCAGUGAACACUGCCAAACUAAAUGACAUCAUUUCCCAGAAGGUAGUAGGUUUUAUAAUCAGCGCUGUGGAACCUCAGAUUCAGCAUGGUGGUGUACUUCACCACAUGUGACUGUUAAAUAUCAACCACACAAACUGAAUUUUCAUCUGUCUGUCCUGGUGCAUGUACUCUUUAAGAUUUUUGUAAUGGAAAUGUAUUUGUAUUAUGUAUAUAAUAUAGUAGCUCCAAAACAGCAUUCUAUAGUAGUAAUAUAUAACGCACCAUAAUAUUCUAAAUGACAUGUGGUUAUAGUUGACAGUUAUGAUGAGGAUGCAAUAUACCACUUUAAAUGUGCCCUAUUUGCUGUAUUGAAAGAAAUCACUGUUAUAUAUAUAAUGUAAUGUGCGUGUGUAGGUUCUGAUCCUGUAUAUUUAAUUCUUUUGCUUGAAUGUAUUAAGCAGAAGAUUAGGACAGAUUGAAAGAUGUACACUUGAGUAUGAGCAUAAUCUUCUGCAAUGAAUUUAUUCGUCUUCUGGUGUGUAUUCCUUCAAACGUAUAUAAUUUCAUAACACUUCAGUUGACUGUAUCAGCUUUUGUAAUAUUAGCAAGCUUGCAUCAGACUUUGUUCUUAGGUUCUGUUGCUGGUAAGUAUGGGCAUCCUCAUGAUGGUGCAGUCAGACACUCUGCAACAAGCCAGGAGACACUACCUCACAGCAGUGAUAUAGAAUCUAUAACUGCUUCCCCCUCUUCUCUGAUGUAGUGUCGUUAUGGUGGGAUCUUCUCAUGGGUACUUGGGCACUGGGAUCACAGCAGGUAGAUGUACUGACAGAGGAGAACUGAGAAGUGCAUUAUGUGUUUUUCAUGGUGCUGAUUAUGCAACACUAAACAUAAGGGGAAACGAUUGAUGCGCACACGCAUUAGAUUUAUUAAUUCACUUCUUUACAAACUUUGCAUUUCUUGGGGUUUAAAUGUGGUUGUUUCCAGCUGAGUUGCUAUAUAUAGUCACUGAUUCAAUAAGAUAUAUGUAAUUGGUGUCAGAAAUUUAGUACAGUUGCAGAUAUUGAGAAUUGAU